AUGGAGAUUCCGGUGGAUAGCAAGUCGUUGCCGACGUCGCCGAAGCUUCUCCGGCGAGUAUCGAAGCAGCAACCAGUCACCUUGCCGCGGUUUUCGCCGCCGGAGAACAGUAAACGGUGCCUCCAAGUCCCCGCCUUCAUCAUCUGUUUGAUUUGCCUCAACAUUUGGUGCGCCUUCCUCUUCAUCCACUCAUUCCAUUUCUGCAUCUCCUCGCCCAAGGUCGACCUCUACUGCAUAUCCAUCAGCACCGGCAAGCAUCCGAAGCUUCCCGCCGACAUAGGCCCGGCGGUUCCAGGCGGCGCAGCCGGCGGAGAGCCGGAACAUGAGUGGCUCGAGAAGGAGAAGCUAAUGGACCUAGAACAGGCCCCAAAAGGCCCGGAAUCGGCCCAAGAAAACAUGAAGAAUCUCAGCGAAUCGCCCGAGGUGGACCGGACGCAGGAAUCGGUCGAAUUAGCGAACCGGAUCGAGGCGCAGGCGCCCGGCAUGGACCGGAAUCAGGAACCGGUCGAGAUGGGGGUACGAGAGGAGUCGAACCGGUUGGAGGGACAGUGGGGGAUCGUGGCGGUGCAAAGCUACAUGAGCCAGCUGCGCACGUUGGCGGCGAAAGGAGCGCACGUGACAGGGGAAAGGGGGAGCUGCGACGGCCGAGGGGUGUACGUGUACGAUUUGCCGUCCAAGUUCAACCGGGACCUGGCGGCGAUGUGCGGCGACUUGCUGCCGUGGGCAGACCUGUGCAAGUACUUCGCGAACGAGGCGCUGGGGGAGAAGGCGGAGGCGCUGGGGCCGCGGUGGUAUGGGAGCCACCAGUACUUCCUGGAGCCCAUCUUCCACAACCGGAUCCAGAACCACCCGUGCAGGGUGCACGACCGCGACGCCGCCAGGCUCUUCUACGUGCCGUUCUACGGCGGGCUGGACGUCGUCCGGUGGCAUUUCAGGAACGUCUCGACCGAAGUCAAGGACGCGCUCGGCAUCGAGCUCAUCAGGUGGUUGGAGGAGCAGCCGUCGUGGAGGAGGAACUCCGGCUCCGACCACAUAUUCGUGCUCGGUAAGAUAUCGUGGGACUUCCGGCGAUACGACGACCGCCAUUGGGGCAGCAACUUCCUGCUGCUCGACCAGAUGCAGAAAUCCUUCAAGUUCCUGAUCGAGCGUCAACCGUGGGAGCCGAACGACGUCGGGGUGCCCCACCCCACCCACUUCCACCCUCACGACGACGCCGACAUCACCGCCUGGCAGCUCCGCCUCUCUGCCUUCCCCCGCCGCAACCUCGUCGGCUUCGCGGGCGCCGCCAGGAAAGAGGAGAGCAUCCGGUCAGCACUGAUCGAGCAAUGCAUCGCGGCCACCCCCGAGUGUCGCUUCCUCAAUUGCAACGACGGCGGGUGCAUGAAGACGGAGGUGGUGGUGGGCCUGUUCAUGGAAUCAGAAUUCUGCCUGCAGCCGCCGGGGGACAGCCCGACGAGGAAGUCGGUGUUCGACAGCCUGGUGGCGGGCUGCAUCCCAGUGAUCUUUAACCCCUUCACGGCGUACUACCAGUACCCGUGGCACUUACCGGAGGACCACCAGAGGUGGUCGGUGUUCAUCGAGGAGGAGGAGGUGAGGCAAGGGAAGGUGGACGUGGUGGAGAGGUUAAGGAGGGUGCCGGCGGAGGAGAGGGAGGAGAUGAGGAGGUAUAUUGUGCAUCAGAUCAUGCCGGGGCUGGUUUAUGGAGAUGCGACCGCCAGGUUUGAGAGAUUCCGUGAUGCUUUUGAUAUAGUGGUGGAUAAUGUGAUGGAGAAAUUAGUUGGCGGAUCAGCCGGAGAAUGA